GACAGAGGUGGGUGGAUCCGCUGCUGGGUAGGGCGAGGUGACCUCGGGCCGCCGCCACGAUGGGCCGCGAGUUUGGGAACCUGACGCGGAUGCGGCAUGUGAUCACCUACAGCUUGUCACCCUUCGAGCAGCGUGCCUUUCCGCACUACUUCUCCAAGGGGAUCCCCAAUGUGCUGCGCCGCACUCGGGCGUCUUUCCUUCGCGUGGUGCCGCCAUUUGUCGUGUUUUAUCUUGUCUACACAUGGGGGACCGAGGAGUUCGAGAAAUCCAAGAGGAAGAAUCCAGCUGCCUAUGAAAAUGACAAAUGAGCAACUCAUCGGGUGACGGUUCCAUGUCUCUGAAAGACCCUUCUCUGGGAGAGGAAUCUGCAUUGUAGUGUCUUGAAGACACAAUAAACUUCCUAUGGGCUGUACUGUUGUAACUUUUUUACAGUUUUGGGGUUAGAGUUGUAGGUGUGACUGCUAAUAUUCAAGUUCAUGAAGCUCCCUUCUUCAGCAUGAGUCUCGAACAGUUUUGCCUAGUCUGGGGUUUUGGUGAAGGAGCAGGGCUCACCCUUUGUUCUGUUUAGUAUCUACAAGAAAAUAGUUGCAGCUUACUCCUGCAGCUAACUGGGUGGCAUGGGCUGUGGGGAAUAUUGGUUCUUUCAGCCCUUUGCUCCCAUAAUAGCAAUAAAGUCUAGUAACUAUAU